UGCUGACUAGUGCGGCUGCGCGACUGUGCAGGAAGUAGGAGUUGGAAUCGUACAGCUGACAUACCGAACAAAAAAUAACAACAGCCCGCUACAUAACAGAUCGAGGAGAGGAUUUAGAUUUUAUUAUCCCGACACCAGGAGUUGAGAGAGCUGUGAGCUGCCCCCCCCAACCCUGUCCUGCACAGCGCCCCCACCAGAAGACCCGCAGAGAGGCCCGUUCCCCACAACGCUGCUCAAUGGCCAGCAGAGGGAGUGCCCGGCCCAACGGCCUGGGCCAGACCAAGAUCUGCCAGUUCAAACUGGUUCUGCUGGGAGAUAUGGCGGUGGGCAAGUCCAGCCUAGUGCUUCGAUUCGUCAAGGGGCAGUUUGACGAGUUCCAGGAGACCACGAUAGGGGCGGCGUUCCUGGCACAGUCUGUGUGUCUGGACGACACAACAGUGAAGUUUGAGAUCUGGGACACGGCGGGGCAGGAGAGAUACCACAGCCUGGCGCCCAUGUACUACAGAGGAGCGCAGGCUGCCAUUGUGGUGUUCGACAUCACCAAACCGGAGACGUUUGAGCGUGCAAAGGCCUGGGUGAAGGAGCUGCAGAGACAGGCCAGCCCCAACAUCGUCAUCGCACUGGCUGGGAACAAGUCUGACCUGGCAGAGAGGCGCAUGGUGGAGUAUGAGGAGGCUCAGACGUACGCCGAGGACACAGGGCUGCUCUUCAUGGAGACUUCAGCCAAGACUGCCAUGAACGUCAAUGAGCUGUUCCUGGCCAUCGCAAAGAAGAUGCCAAAGACGGACACUCAGAAUCCGACACACGCUGCCAGACAUCGAGGGGUUAACCUGCAAGACACAGAGGCACAGUCCAGAAGGGGGUGCUGUGGCAAUUAAACAAUGUCAUCGUGGGAGACCCCAGUCACAAGCCUGCCUUCUCUUUCCAGUUUCAUUUGAACCCAAAAGAAAGACUUGGUGAAAUAGUGAGUGUUAAGAAUCAGAAGACUGCGAGCGAGAGAGGGGGUUUAUGUAACUGGCACUAAUAUAUAGUAGUUUAUGAUUUGUUUUUUUAUAAAUAAUCUUUCUGAUCCUUAUGUAAGAUUGAGCAUUUCAGUACAGACACACAGAUGGAGAGCGACGCACACAACGGUAAAGCUUGAGCCUCGCUUUAUUACAGAGACUGCAGUAGGGGUUCCAUUGCACAGCAAACAGCACCACCCUUGGUUCUUCUGUGAGCGUCAUUACACAAACCCGAGCUGGGACUGAUGCGCCAGUCUCUGGUGGGUCUAACUAAGCUCAUAGGUAAUAGGAAAUAUGCAGACCGCUAUGCCUUGAUUCCACAGACAAAAUCAACAGCGUUUGGUUCCAGACCCUUACCCUGUGCAGCUUGGAUCCAGUUUGUUUUAAACCCUGAACCACGCUUUUGUCCAGGCACGGAGGAAACAAGGCAUUAGUUCCAUCCCAGAAUCUGUUUUUGCUUUGGCUUGGGAGUUUUACUUUGUGCACAGCGACUCCCCAUGGCUGCACGUUGUAAUUGCAGUUCUCCCUGGUAGCUGUUUCUGCUCUGCAAAGGAUUAUAAAGGAAAAUUCUCCAGUCUGGUCUCCUUGCCCACUGGGUUUAACAGCCCAGUCCAGAGCUCAGAGCUUGGUGUUGAAUACGAAGGACAGGUGUGUGUGGUUUUAAUCAGAUUACAAGUGUAUGAGUGACAUUAAACAGCAGCCCUUAUCAGUUCAGUAUUCACUCCUAACCUGCAUGGCAAUGCAAGCUACUCGUCAAUAUAUUUGGAUAUGUGUAGAUUAGCAUAAGCCUGAUUAGCAUCAAAUCUCUGAAGUGUUGUAAAGAAUAACCAGUUCAGCCUGGACUGACUGUCAGCUAACGGUUUGAAACUGGGUCCUAGAGUGUGCAAGAUUAAAGUUAGAGAAAAGAAGUGUGCAAUACUGUAGUCGAGUAACAUUCAUGGGCUACUCCCAAGCCUUGUUCAUUUUAAUAUGCAGCUGAACUGCAUGGCCUUAGUUUUACUAUUGUGGGUAUUGGUUAGAGUUGAGGGGACUGGGAGGGAGGCAGGUAAUGUGGUCUAGAGGUUAGCACUGGGGGACUGGGAGAACUAUGUGUUUCAGCUAUUGAGUUUUUAUUGAUUUCUUUUCAAGACAACCCUCCUUUGUUCUCGUGGCAGUAAAUGGGAACCAAUUAAAAGAGGACGUUCCUCACUAUUUGAAGUCUUCCUUAUGCUGUAUGAAUCUCUGUCUAGUGGUUUUAGAAAAACAAUCGAAAGCCUGGUCUUGCAAACGGAACUGCUGUGAAAGCGGGCGAUGUGUUGUUAGCUGUAAUAACAAUGGGUACUGUGUGUGUGAAUUGUCACAUGGCAGGAGGAGGAGGGCGAAAGUGUAAAUGUAUGUACUGUAUGAGUCUACUACCAGGUUUAAUUUAUUCUGAUGAUUAAAAUGCAGUUUAAUAUUCAUGAAACUGUUCUAGACUGUUAUCUGGCUUCUUUAACAAAUACCAAACUUUUCAAAAUUCAUCCAGCCACAUGAUUUGAAACUUUGCGAGGAGAGGGACCAGCUCCUAAACUACAGCAUUAGAAUAUGCUGGUGUCCUGAGGUUCCUCCAAUAAAAAGAAAAAAGGGAUGAGGGUAGAUGUGAAGCACAGACUUUACUCCCCCUUCUGCAAUUCAUUUAUGUUUUCAAGUCUCUCGCUGCUGGAGAACACAGACCCUGGAGCUCUGUGAUAAGGGAGAGGGAGGGGGAGGGGGAGGGGGGGCACAGUUACUGGAACGGCAUAUGCUUUACUCCCCUUUUCAGCAAUUCAUUUCUGUUUUCCUUGUGUCUCGAUGCUGGAGAGGGAGGACCCUGGAGCUCUGUGAUAAGCAGAGAAGUGCUCCUGGUGAUUCAGGACUGCCCUUGUGUUCCUCGUUCAAGGCUUGGGCACAUUUCUGUCAGGUUACAGUAAAAGAAGUCCCCAUUCCCAGCUGGUUGUAUUGUACUGCAGGCUACUGUACUGAGAGCAGCCACCUGCAGUCCUGUUAACCCCUCACUGUUUCUCACUAUUGUUCAAUAUCUGUACAAAGAAGAACAAUAAUGUAAAUACCUGACGAGUGAGCAGGUUACUCGUAAUCAGUGCUGUUUCCCUUUCACUCAGUCUGGAUCGUGUUAUUAAGCAGCUUCAAAAGUUGUUUAGCCUGUUCCUAUUUACUGUAACAAAAUGUAUUAAAAACCCUAUGCACUGUUUUUUGCUUUUUCUUAAUUAAAGCCGAUCUUAUAUCCUAA